AGGUUUAAGUAGGUGCAAUGGAUUCUCUGGGGACCAGCCUACUUUCACUCGCAUCAUAUUGGAGACCGCCUUGUCAAACCACAGGUUCAUUCGCGCACAGGCUGCGCACUGGGGCAUAGGAGCUAUGGAUCGACUUGGUGAAUGGAGUUUCAAACCGAAGAAGAUGAAAGUGGAAUUGGAGGAUGGUUUUUAUUUUGAUUAUGAUGCGGGAGAAAUAUCUGAUUAUCAAGACCCCAAUCAACUUUUAGCUGCUUUGAAACAAAAGGAGGAAGAAGUCCUUUUGGCGGCCCAGCUGGGAAAUGCAUUGCUUUUGGAAAAUCGUCAGUUGAAAGAACAGAGCGACAAACUUAAUGAACAGUAUGCAUACAAACUUGAGGAGUUGGAGCAGAGCAGGCAUGAUCUGCGGUUGAAGCUGGAGGGUUGCCAGUCUGGGUGGGUGAGCCAGGUUGGGGAACUGGAGAGAGACAUGAGGGAUCUGAGUGGCCAGGUGGCCAGGCUGACCCAGGCCCUGACCGACGCAGAGAGGGACAAGACCAGGGCCCAGGAGGAAGACGCAGAACACACCCAGCGCCUCAGAGAACAGCUCAGCACCGCGAUGGAGGUGGAGAGGGCAAUGACCAGUCAACUGCAGACCCUGAAACUGGAGCUCCGUCAGAGAGGCCACCCUAACAGACCACAGCAUGAGGAGCUGCUCAGUGCCAUGAGUGAGCAGGUGGUGCGUCUGUCCCAGAGGGGCCAGGCUCUAGAGGAGCAGCUGGAGAGUGUGUGUCAGGAGAACGCAGACCUACGGGACAGACUGGCCUCCCUACACACACGCUCCGCUCUACAGGACCAACACAACCAGCAGCAGAGCCAACAGCUGACGGAGGCAUGGCAGGAGGCUGCGGCUGCGAGGGGGCGUUCCCAGCAGCUUCAGGUCCAGGUGGAGGAGCUGCAGGAGGAGGUCUCUCUGCAGUACAGGAGUAGCCAUGGAAACACAUCCUUACUGUCUGAGCUGGAGACCAGUCUGGACACCAUGGGCUUGGGUCAUGACAGAGAACAGAUGACCCAGGAGGUUCUGUCCAUCCUGGAGCUCCUGCGACCCCUGACCCGGGUAGUGAAGACUCCAGAGAGGUCAGAGUUUAUAGGUCAGGAGGAAGGAGAUCUGCAGGCCAUGCUCCUACAGUUAAAGGGUUUAGCUCAGAAACUGGCCAACCACACCCACAUCCCACAGCUCCAGGAAGAGAAUGCUGAGCUGAGGCUGAGGCUCGGAAACAGACAGGAUGAAGAAGAGGUGGCCCAACAGGCCAUCAGAGAUAGAGAUGAAGCCAUAGCUAAGAAGAACCUGAUGGAGGCGGAGCUGGUGAGGAGUAAGAAUGACAUGAUGUGUCUGAACAACCAGCUGCUGGAGGCUAUACAACGCAAGUUGGAGCUGUCUCAGGAGCUAGAGGCCUGGCAGGACGAUAUCCAGAUCAUCAUCAACCAGCAGCUGAGGACCCAGCAGCAGUUGGAGCAGGUCGAGAAGAAGCCUGCCUCUAACCCCAUGUCCUUCUGGAGGAGACCCAGCACAGCUUCCUCCACCAGGCCCCGCCGGCCCUCCUCCUCCCCCGCUUCCUGGACCUCAGAAGCUGGGCAAGAGAAGCCCCAGUCCCCCUGGAGAAACUGGCUUCGACGGGGCAAGGCGACACAGCCAGGCAAAUAGUAAGCUGGAAUGUCUGUUGCUUCACCUUGGAGGACUGGCACAUAGCACAGAAAUGUCUUGACCAGCUGGCCAUUGAAGAAGGCGAGUUGAGUCAUCAAGGCAAGAACAAGCUGGUGGAACACUACUGAGUGGAACUAUCAGUCUUGGUAGAUAGAGUACCAAGCAAAACAGGACAGGCUGAACACUCAGUAAUCUUAUAUAGUAGACUUCAGUAGAGUAUUAGAAUUCAAGACCAUGGUGUGUUGGAAACAAGGACCAGAUACGAGCCCUAAUGGACAAAGAGUUAUCAGUAAGUAGACAGUAGUUUCCCCACUGUCACUGAGAAUAACCUAAGAACAUUCAAAGCAUGUUAGAGCAGGUUAAAAAGCCUCUAGCAUGGUAAAUACUAGAAUGGCCAGGGAGUCACACACUAGGAUAGUAACUGCUAGCAUGGCCAGGGAGUCACACACUAGGAUAGUAACUGCUAGCAUGGCCAGGGAGUCACACACUAGGAUAGUAACUGCUAGCAUGGCCAGGGAGUCACACACUAGGAUAGUAACUGCUAGCAUGGCCAGGGAGUCACACACUAGGAUGGUGAGUUACGACAACGAAAGAUGCUUAGAAGUUGUGCCCGUCUUCUGCCUUAUAAUGAAGUCAUUGAUGCCCGAGAUUGUAAAUGUAUGUGUGAAUGUCAAUGUUUGAAAGAAUACUGACAGUAUUUGCUCAGACUAAUUAUUUCAUCCAAGCAAGUUGAUAGAGUGACUGGACUCCAAUCAUAACACAUAAUGAAUGUUGUAAAUAUUUAGGUUUUUAGAAACAUAGAGGAUCCAGAUCUAAGUGAUAUUCCACUCACUACAGUCUCUUCAAAAGAUAUAAUAAGAUUAAAUGUUGCCUGCUGUCGAUGCAAAAUGUUUGCCAUUAUGUAUUCAUAGAAAACAGGCCUUAGUAGAACAUAACCAAAUACAAAAUUGGUGCUCAUAAAUAAACCAAUCAUCUACAGAAUGUCAUGAAAUGUUGUGGGAACUAGAUACAUUAUGAAAUAUGUCCAAAAUGCAUUUCUUGCAUUGCAUUCUUACCUUAUGUGCCUUAGUUUUUGCCACACUACUGAAGGGGACAUGUUGGGGGAAGGGUGCAAUAUAGAUCAAUAUAGAUCAACGAUAUAGAUCAACUCUAACUAGGAUGGUCAGGUCAUAUAAGGUCAUAUAAGGUAUUUUGAUCAAAGUACCAGAAUAAUCUAAUGGACUGAAUGCAUGAAAUAUGGUGUCAAUACACGAUGUAAGUUUGUCCUGUUGUUCAUCAACAUUUGCUAAUUGUUUAUUUUCAUUUAUGUUUUUAUUGACAGAAUCAGAAUGUCCUCAGAUUAUUUGAUUUAGUAAAAAACACAGGACAAUGUUGAUUGAAUGACUGAAACGUCUAGUACUUGCACCUGUUAUUACUAAAGAAAUACAGCAAAAAUCUAGAUUCAUAUGACUUAUUGUUGUAAUAUAUGAAUGUUAUCAAAGUCCAUGCAUGUUGUUGUGUAUCAUGAUGUAUGUAGUUUAUGUAUUCUGUAUGUAGAUGGUGUUUAUGUAAAUAGUAAGUGACUUGCCUAGUUAAAUAAACAAAAAAUAUAUACUUAAAAAAAAAAUGUAUUACUUUUACACUGAAAAUAAAGUCAUGUUUCAUACAGUA